AUGUCUCAGAUGACUUUUGCUAUGAUGCUACGCUCUCAACGCGUGGAGGAGCAUCCUCUGCCCGUCCGCCAAGAGUCUGUCACAGAGUCCGUCAUAGAGUCCGUUACAGAGUCUGUCAUAGAGUCUGUCACAGAGCCCGUCCGAUACGCUCCUUCUCGGAAGUUUGUGGCUCUUCGCUGUCAAGACUGCAAACACUGGAAGAUCAAGGGCAACCUUCACAACUGUCGUCGCGCAAAAAUCCCGGCUGUUCCCUGCAAUGUCACUGAGAACAGCCCGAUUGGCGGAGAUAACAAGCGAGUGGAGCACCAAUAG